CGCGCGUCCGUCGCGUCGCGUCGCGUCCGUCUCCGCGCGCGUCUCGACACACUCCGAACGUAACGUAACGUAACGUAACGUCAUGGGCGGCCGAGGCAGCAAAGCCGCGGUGAUCGACGGCAAAGCGAUCGCGGCGGACAUCCGCGCCGAGAUCAAGGAGGAGGUGGCCAAGCUCAAGGCGGCGCACGGCCGCGUCCCGGGGCUCGCGGUCGUCAUCGUCGGCUCGCGACCGGACAGCGCGACGUACGUGCGGAUGAAGCGCAAGGCGUGCGACGAGGCUGGGAUCCGGUCGUUCCACGAGGAGGUCCCGGAGACCGCGACCGAGGCGGAGGUGCUUAAGAUCGUCCAAAGCUUCAACGCCGACCCGGACUGCCACGGCAUCCUCGUCCAGCUCCCGCUUCCGAAGCACAUGAACGAGGAGAAGAUCCUCGCGGCGAUCUCCUUGGAGAAGGACGUGGACGGGUUCCACCCGCUGAACAUCGGGAAGCUCUCGAUGAAGGGCCACGAGCCGCUGUUCAUGCCGUGCACGCCGAAGGGCUGCGUCGUGUUGCUCGAGCGAAGCGGCGUGGAGUUGCGAGGGAAGAACGCCGUCGUCGUCGGUCGGUCCAACAUCGUCGGGAUGCCCGCGGCGCUGAUGCUCAUGAAGAAAGACUGCACCGUGACCGUGGUGCACUCGCGGACGAAGGACCCGCAGCGGAUCGUGCGCGAGGCGGACGUCAUCAUCGCCGCCGCGGGGUCGGCGCACAUGAUCAAAAAGAACUGGGUCAAACGCGGCGCGGCGAUCAUCGACGUCGGGACUAACUCCGUGCCGGACGCGUCGAAGAAGACGGGGUACAGGCUCACCGGGGACGUGGACUUCGAGGAGUGCAGCAAGGUCGCGGGGAAGAUCACGCCGGUCCCGGGCGGCGUCGGGCCGAUGACGAUCGCGAUGCUGUUGAGCAACACGCUGGACUCGGGGCGGCGCGCCAUCGCGGGCAAGUAGUCUCAUUUUUUAUCUGUUCCGCCGCCGCCGCCGCGACGAGGCGACUAUUCUUUACUGUAGUAGUCUUUAACACGAGCAAGCACACAUCGUAUUAC